AUGAAUGGUAACCCUAUUAUCAUCGAGAGUGACUUGAAGGGUAGAUUUUCUUCGUCUUCGAAAAUGGGAGUAAAGCCUGGAUUACAUUCCUCCUCAUCUAGGGAACAUAUUGGUCGCUUUGUCAAAACAUAUUGGGAAGUGACUGGUUAUGACCUUAGUGAUGUUGAAAUUGCUUAUCAUAUGGAGUUCCAGGAGCAACAUGGUGUCGUAUCCUGGGCCAGUCUCGAUGACUAUCGUAGAGCUGACAUAUUGGCCUAUAAGGGUCUUCUAUUAAUAGAGUUGGCCCAUGCUAAUAUAUACCAUUGGGUGGCCACCGAAAUAGUUGAGACUCCUUCUAUUUUGAAUAUUGUCGAUGUUGUAACUAAAGUCAUCAUCACGAUUAGAAAUCCCCUAGAUUGGGAGAUUCUUCCAAUAGCUCCAGAUGAGAAGAUAUACAACUCUUUAUAG